AUGCUGAUCGGUUGGUGCGUAUCAUACGUCAAUAGAAAAGAAAUACUGCAGGAUCUUACGAAAUGGGCGAACGCUCACAACGGCCAUACCCUUACCGUACUUUCCUGGCACGCCCUCGAACUCCUACGCGACUUCGACCGCCGCCGCACCCACUUCAUUAUCAUCACCCUCCGACGGCGCACUGAUUCAAACAACCCUAUGACCUUAUACUCUCUCGUCGACGCCGAAGUCUUCCCCCGCACCCUCAUGGAAGAAAAAUACGCCAAUAUAUCAGACUUGUUGCAUCGUGAUCGAUCGAUGGCUGGAGCGAGCCCGAGUCCCCUUGAGCUUUGGGAUGCGAAUGAAGUAGAGAGGAAGUCGGAGUGGGAGCAUGUGGGUGCUCUGGGAAGUUGUAUGGUUGUGUCGAUGGAAUUGCCAGAGGGAGAUAAUAGACCGGUGAGAGAGGCAUUCAUGGAUAAUGGAAUGAGGAUCUUCCAGCCACUUGGAUUAUUCCAGAUCUAUAAAGACAAGCUGUCGCAGUUGCCUGUAACGCGAGUCCCUCGAGCUAUGUGGCUCACUUGCCUGAAGAACUCGCUCAACGGUGGGUCCUGGAGCAUGUACUUCACUCCUUGGACGCCUCCCUCUUAA